AUGGACCUUGACGAUGAUCAUCUUCCUGUUUUCCCAGCGCCUUCCCAAGCUGAUAUAUUACUUGUGGAAGAUGAUCCAGAUCUUGAAGUUACAUCUUUGAUCCCAAUACAUCGUAAACCAGAAUCUGGUUGGGGAGUUUGGCCUGAUCUCUGUCACGAUGAAAGGGUCUUGUAUAUGGAACAACUUAUAUCUGAUCAUCAGCCAUUCCAUAAGCACAUGUGGCCUGGUGGAGACACUUCUGCACCCAGUAAGUGUAAAUUAUCUCCAAGCAAAGAGAUGAAACCUAGAAAGUCUGAGUCUAAAUCAUCUCCAAGCAAAGCGAUGAAAACUAGAAAGCCUGAGUCUAAAUCCCUGAAGCCAAGGAAGUCUUCCAGGAAUGUUCCAUCUACCCGUAAGCAGAGAAGAAUCAGUAACUAUUUUCCUCAUGUUGGUCUCGCCGGAAACUUAAAUGAUGAAGUACUCAAACUUCUUUCUGAAAUGUCUGCCAAGCUCUCGAACCUUGAGAGUGAGUCAAAACAGCUACGAAAGAAUCAUCACCAAACCCAUACAGCCUGUCAGACUGAAGCUUCCCCUCAAACUUUCGACAAGGGAUGCCAGACUGAAUCUCUAACCGAAAAUGUCUCGCCUAUGGAUGAAGAUGACACUUUAAGCGAGACCCCAAUCGUCAGCCAAUAUGGUGCACAUCAGUACGGCUCAAUCUCCUCAACCUCACCUCCCAAGCCCCCACUUGUACUAGCUCCAUUGCUUCCUCCACAUCACGUAGAUGACCCACCAGUCCACUCCUCACCUAGCCACACCUCACCCAUUCACAUCGCUGCACCCAUCCAUAUAACACCCCUCAUCCACAUAUCGUCUCCCAUCCACAUCACCUCUCCAGUUCCUACCACACCACUCUUUACCACCACAACAGACAUCAAGCCAAAUCAAAGUACCCUCCCUUGUUUUCGCACUCGAUCAGUCAUAUAUGAUAUUAGUGAUCACCCUAAUAGCCCGGAGCUCCACCAUUGGAUGUACCAAGGUCUUGAGAUUUUUGAUGCAGUCAGCCCUGACCCACCUUCUCUUACUCAACCAAAAUACGACUCCUCCCACAACCAAGCCUCUCGUAGACUACCUUUCACACCCGACACUUCUCCGGACAAAAGUGGAGAUAGCAAGUCUGGUUUCCUAGUUCAUGCGCGAGCAACUAAUGCAUUUUCAGCGACUGCUUCCUCCAAACCUCUAAGUGAUGAACAACAAGAAGACAUUGACAUCGUUGAACUGAGUGAGGGCUCCCCUGGCAGACCAAGGCCCAGGCAUCAACCAACGUGCGAGGAAAACCAACUUGCAGGACAUCUUAUGAGAUGUAAAUCCAUCCCAGCUGUUGACGUAAUCAGCCAAUUGCCUCAGAUUGAAUGGGAUCUUUUUGAAAGGUUCAUUUCCGACAAUAAGGAUGUGUUCCACAUAACACCUUCUGAGUUCGAGUUUACCAACAACUUCCUUCUCCAACUAGCAGAGCCUAAGCACUGGACAUCAGCAUAUGUGGAUAUGGAUAAGUUAGUCGGGAUCCGUAGGCCGUACAUCGUCGGGGAUCCCGAUUAG